UCUGCACAGUGAGCCGGCCUUCGAAUUUGUAGUCCCUGUUUAGUCCCUCCGCCGGUUUGCCCGGAGCUACCACGAUAUCACCCCGGAAAAUAGACCUGAAAAUGGCCGAUGCACCGUCAAACGCCGCCGCCGUGACCAACAACCCGGCCUCGGAAACCCCCGCAGCGCAGGAUACCCCCGCCGAGAACCCCGAGACAACUCAGCCGGCGGAAGACGGCGCGGAGCAGCCAGAAGACGCCCCCUUUGUCGUGAAGGUCAUCCUUCCCCACGACGACAAGCCGUUGGACCUUGCGAUCUCCCCCUUAGAGCAAAUCCACGAGAUCCGCCAGACCAUCAUCGAGCACCCCGUUGCGAUUCAGUAUUCCUGCUUCCACCUCGAACACAACGGGAAACGCAUCAAUGACUUCGUGCUGGUCUCGGACGUCGAGGGCCUUGCUGCAGACUCCGAACUGCACGUUGUCGAGGAUCCCUACACGGAGAAAGAGGCUCGGAUCCAUUUCAUCCGCAUCCGGGAACUGAUCGGUGCCGCCGGAGACCGCACCGACACUGCACGGGGCAUUCUCGCCGGUGUUUCGAUACAUGACGAUGUCGUGGCCGCAGCCGCCGAGGAGGCCGAGAAGGAGGUGCAGCCGUACGACUUUACUGCGACGCCCAGUCUUUCCGUGCUCCUUCCCAAAGAGACGCCACCAGCACCUAAGACUGUCAAGCUGAUCUCGCUAUCGCCGUGGAACCCGCCCCCGGCGCAAUGGCGGCAGAAAGGCCAUCUGCUCUACCUCACAGUGACGACAAACGAGGGCGAGCAGUACCAUAUUACCAGCCACGUGGGGGGCUUCUUCGUCAACAACUGCAGCAAGGACAAGUUCAGCCCAACGCCCAGGACCGAUGCGAAGGCUGCCUCGGCCCAUUCCCUCUUCACCUUGCUCACCAAGAUCUCAGCGUCGUUUGAGAAGUCCUUUGGCGAGUUCCAGCAGAUCGCAAACGGCAAGGAGAUCUUGGCAACGUUCCAGCUCGGCAACACCGUGCCUUCAGCGCCUUGGAUUGUGCCGUCCUCCUCAUCACCAACGUGUGCCCACGUUCCUGACCCGACGAGGUCGCAGGAAACACUCCUGCUUGGCGGUGCGGACAACGCCGAUUCCCUGAGAGACUGGAACGAGGAGUUCCAGUCCGCGAAAGAGCUUCCCAGGGAUUCCAUCCAGGACCGCGUCUUCAGGGAAAGGCUGCUUGCCAAGCUCCAUGCUGACUACUGCGAGAUGGCUGCUCGCGGCGCCGUGCUAGUCGCACGUGGCGAAGUCACCCCCCUGAAUCCUACUGAGGGCAGGGACGCCCAGAUCUUCGUGUACAAUAACGUCUUCUUUUCCUUUGGCGCCGACGGUGUCGGCACCUUCACUAGCGAGGGCGGUGACGAAGCUGCGCGGGUUGCCACCGGAAAGGAUGUCCUCGGUGUGAAGCUUGUGAACCAGCUCGACAUCGACGGCCUGUACACUCCGGGCACCGUUGUUGUCGACUAUCUGGGCAAGCGUAUUGUCGGCCAGAGCAUUGUCCCCGGCAUCUUCAAGCAGCCCGAGCCCGGUGAGACACAGAUUCAUUACGGUGCCGUGGAGGGCAAGGAAAUUGUCGCCGCCGACCAAAGCUUUGUGCCGUCCUUUGAGAAGCUGGCCCAGUCGCUCCGAGUGAAGAAGCACCCGGUGUGGGACAAGGACAACAAGCGCUUCGACCUGGAGGCUAGCGUUGAGAUGAAGGGUCUCCUCGGCACCGAUGGGCGCAAGUACGUGCUCGAUCUGUACCGCAUCACGCCGCUGGACAUUGCCUGGAUGGAGGAGGGCGACCCGAAGGGUGCCGAGUAUCCCCACCGCAUGACGGUGCUGCGUCCUGAACUGGUGGAGGCUCUAGGCAAGCAGAAGGCUCGCGACUAUGUCGCCGCCGAGCUACAGAAGCGCGGCGCGCUGAAACAGCAAGGCGAGGAUGCCAAGGACGAGAAGCCAGAAGACGAGAAGGCCGAGGAGAAGGUGGAAGAAAAGAGCGAGCAAAAGACUGACGAAAAGACCGAGGAGAAGAGCGAGGAAGCCAAGCCUGAGGGUGCUGAAGAGACCGCUGCCAAUGAGGAGAAGGACGAGGAGAAGACGGAGAAGGAUAACCGGAUCGACAUGUCCAACUUCAAAUUCGCGCUCAAUCCCGAUGUCUUCAGUGGCCAGAACCCUCAGACGGACGAGGAAAAGGAAGAGAUGGCCAAGGACGAGCAAGAGGUGCGGGACGCGUGUGCCUACCUCCGGGACACAGUCAUCCCUUCCCUGAUCCGGGAGCUCAGCGAGUCAGACAUCAGCUUCCCCAUGGACGGCCGGCAACUCACGGCACUGCUGCACCGCCGCGGCAUCAACCUUCGGUACCUCGGGAAGCUCGCAUCCCUGAGCGACAACACCCGCUUGGCGUGCUUCCGUGAGGUCUGCGUCCGCGAAAUGAUCGCGAGGUCGUUCAAGCACGUCGCUGCCAAAUACCUGAAGACGCUGCCUCUGCCGCUCACUUCCUCCUGCUUCUCACAUCUCCUGAACUGCCUUUUGGGUACUGGACUGAACCCCAAGCCGGUUGCCGACAUCGACGAGUCGUACCGGGCCCUCUUUAGCGAGGCCGAUCUUGCGUUCGAGCAGGUCACGCCGGAGAGCCUGAGGGAGGAAGUCCAGAGCGAGACGGCUCGCCGGUUCAGGUUCGUCCUGCAGGAUAGCUGGUGGAGUCAGAUCAGGCACCUGCAGCUGCUUCGCGAGAUCUGCCUGAAGCUCGGUCUCCAGAUCCAGAUCAAGAACUUCCACUUCAUCCCGCCUGCCGAGCCUGAGCCUGCCGUGCAGACUAACGGUCAGCCCCAGGCGGCGGAGCCUUCCGGCAAGAAGAAGAACAAGAAGAAGUCUCGCGACGGGUCGCCAGCCAGGGCGCCCUCGCCCGUUGCCGCGCCACACACAUUCAGCCCUGAAGACUUCGUCAAUGUGGUGCCCAUCAUCAAGGACUCGUGCCCGCGCAGCGCGCUGUCGGAGGAGGCGCUGGAAGCUGGCCGCCUUUCCAUCUACCAGAACCAGAGGAAGCUCGGUGAAGACCUUCUCCUCGAAUCCCUGUCUCUGCACGAGCAGAUCUACGGCCCGGUCCAUCCCGAGGUCGCCCAGAUGUACCAUACGCUGUCUCAGCUGUACUUCCAGCUGGAUCAGAAGGAUGCCGCGGUGGAGCUGGCCAAGAAGGCCGCCAUCAUCGCUGAGCGGACGGUUGGCCUCGACUCGGCCGAGACUGUGUUGAACUACCUCAAUCUCAGUCUAUUCCUCCACCAGCGCGGUGACAGCAAGCUAGCGCUCGGCUAUGCCAAGCAUGCCCUCGACAUCUGGAAGAUCAUUUACGGGCCGGAUCAUCCGGACACGAUCACCACGCUCAACAACUACGCCGUGAUGCUGCAGAGCAUCAAGGCCUACCACGAGUCGCGCCGCUGGUUUGAGGAGUCCCUGCGCGUGUGCGAGAAGGUGUUUGGCAGGUCGUCCAUCAACUCGGCGACGCUACUCUUCCAGCUGGCGCAGGCCCUCGCUCUCGACCAGGACUCCAAGGCGGCCGUCGACCGCAUGCGCGAGAGCUACAACAUCUUCCGCAACGCGCUCGGCCCGGAGGACAAGAACACCAAGGAGGCCGAGCACUGGCUGGAGCAGCUCACCCACAACGCCGUCUCCAUCGCCAAGCAGGCCAAGGACCUCCAAGCGCGCCGCGCCCGUGCGGGCUUCCGCUUUGCCUCGCGGGGCGUGAGUGUCGGUACUUCCGCUACGACUGCUGGAGCCUCCGGGACCUCUGAGCUUGCGGGCAAGCCCACUCCUCCGCCCUCGAUGGACAACAAAACCAUCGAUGAGCUAGUCCGGUAUAUCGAGGGCACGGACAAGAAGAAGAAGAGCACUGGUGGUUCCGGGGGUGGUGCCAGUGGCAAGAAACGCACCGGCAGGAGCAACCCGAAGCGGCGGGGCGGUGCCGGGGGUGCUAGCGCUUGAGCUACCAGCUUGCUAGGUCCUGCUAGACGCUACCUAUUUCGCGUGGAUUGGUCGCUGCUAGGUAUCGCAGAGCAAAGCCACCUUGCCAUCGUCACUACACAAGCUCUCUGCGAUUUGCACAGACACCUCAAAACAUAGCUGUAUUAUGUAUCCUAGCAAACUUGCUCAUUUUCUGUACUAUAGAUAUGAGAGGCGGAAUCGG